GUUUGUGAAGUGGAUCGAGGACGGCAUUCCCGAAGACCCCUUCUUGAACCCGGAGCUGAUGAAAAACAACCCCUGGGUGGAGAAAGGCAAAUGCACCAUCCUCUGA